ACACGUCACAGGAAAUAUUUCGCUUCCGCGAGCGAGGUCAAGAUGGCGCGCUACAACAUGUGAAGGGGACUCAGCGGCAGCCGGUCAUUCGCUUGAAGAACAUGUACAAAACACCAUGUAGUAGACUGACGGGAGUCUGGAAAUGCCUUCCGCGCUAUGGUUUGCUUGGUGUCAGUGUGCAGCAGAAGCUCAUUGCAAAUGCAUCUAGAAGUCACAUGAGCGUCAGGAGUCUGAUUCAACUCUGCAGGAAAAAUCAAGCAGAAUGGAUCACGUUCCAGCAUUUCUGCUUUCUCAAGAGACAGUAUGUGAAGAGCAGCAGUGGUCUCUGCCAGAGAGCAGGACAUAAGCAGGGGCCUGUUGCCUCUGUGCUGGAUGAUCGAGAUGAUUCGGUGGUCAGUCACGUUCAGCAGAUCCCAGCCUUAAAGCCUGAACCAGGUACUGUGCUGCCGUCAUGUGACCAGGCUGAACCAGAAGCGGCCAGGGCAGCACGCUUGGAGGCCCGGCAGUGGAAGGAGUUGAAAGUCGACUACAGUGAUUUACCAGGGAUUUACGCACGUCUCUCCAAAAUUAAAUUAACAGCUCUUGUGGUUACUACAGCAGCUGCUGGCUAUGCCAUGGCUCCAGUGCCCUUUGACCCUGUCACUUUUUUGAUGGCUUCAGUUGGAACAUUUCUCUCUUCCUGUACAGCCAAUUCCAUCAAUCAGUACUUUGAGGUGCCCUUUGACUCAAACAUGAAUCGUACCAAAAACAGACCUCUGGUCCGAGGACAGAUCAGCCCUCUGCAUGCCGUGUCAUUCGCCCUGGCGUGUGGGAUCUCAGGGGUGACCCUGUUGACCCUGGGUGUAAAUCCCCUGACUGGCUUCCUGGGCGCCCUGAACAUCUUCCUGUACACGUGCUGCUAUACUCCCCUGAAACGCCUCAGCAUCACCAACACCUGGGUGGGUGCCGUGGUGGGCGCCAUCCCACCUGUAAUGGGCUGGACAGCAGCCACCGGCUCUCUUGAUCCAGGAGCACUCUUACUGGGGGCUUUCCUGUUCUCCUGGCAGUUUCCUCACUUUAAUGCACUGAGCUGGAAUCUAAGAGAGGACUAUUCACGCGGCGGGUACCGAAUGAUGUCCGUCACCCAUCCCGGCCUUUGUAAACGCGUGGCCCUCCGCCACAGCGUAGGCCUGAUUGGCCUCUCAGCUUUGGGCCCCGUGCUGGAUGUCACCACCUGGACGUUCCCCUUAGUCUCCCUGCCAAUUAACCUUUACAUCAGCUACCUGGCUUUCAGGUUUUAUCACAAUGGCGACAGGCAAAACGCUCGCAAGCUGUUUUUCUGUAGUCUCUGGCACCUGCCCAUGCUGCUGCUGCUGGCCCUCACCUGCAAGAAGAGACCUGUGCCGCAGGACGAGGCAGCUGCAGCUCCCAGCACGACUUCUCUGGCUCUGUAGAGCAAACUCAAUCCCCUGCCAUUUUCAUACUGGCUCAACAAUUGCUGUCAGACCUAAAAUUAAUUGUCUUGGAGCUAAAAAGACACCAAAAGUUGUGUACCUUGGAGAGGGAAGCCAUAACCUCUUAUCAUUGUUGUAAAAGUUUCCAUCAGGAGAAAAAAUUUAAAGUCCCUGAAUCCACUCAGGUAACUUGUAAACAAAUCAAUUCUCGGUGUAUGUAAAUACAUGAUAUAUUUAUUUGACGCAUCCCCACUGUUGUCUGUAAACUCAUAGACUGCUUCUAUAGACUGAUUUGUGUCUGUGGAUCAUUGAAAUUAAGACAAGAAAACUUUUUGCCUAGAAUUUGCAAUUAACGUCACCAUUACUGUGGAUAUUUUGGUUAGAUGCAAUAUAGUCAAGAUAAUGGAGUACUGUUUGUUUUAAUGCACCUUGCAAGUAAUUGCCAAAUUUGGAGUCAUCUAAUUACUUGCUAAAUUAAAUGUUUUCAAGUUUUCACUUUCUGAGUCUGUUAAUUUUAAUUUCGGCAAUACAUGAUUCAGUAAAGAAAUCGCUGAAACUCACUGCUGGCCCAGAAGUCUUCAUUCUUCAUGAAACUCCUUUCUUCUGAGUUGAGAUGUUGAAAGGCUGGAGAACUCUCGGGUAUUAGCUCCAUCAAAAAAUUCUUACUAGUCAAAUAAACUCAUUUGAACUCAUCAGAACUGAAUUACUGUUUAUUCAUUGAAUGUAACAGUUCUGAAUAUCACUCAUUCCAGCUAUGUUUUGUUUGUUACUGAUUCAGCGCCUUCACAUUUUACCCAUCUGACCUUUGUACCAAUGACUUGUGUAAGACACAUAAAGAAUGAAAGUUAUUCUUAUUAAAAUGUGUUGUGAUCAA